GGUUGAUCUAGCAAUUCCCAGACCAAGACACCAGGAGGGUCCCGCCCUCGGCUCCUCCUCCAGCUUUGCAUACGCCUCCUGAUUGGUUGGCGGCGGGCGGCCCCACCCCACGGAGCCGGGCUCCGCAAGCUGCAGGCGGGCUCCGCCAAGAUGCAGCUGCGGCUCCGGAUGUCGCCGGGCGGGCCAGGGGCAGCGCGGACCCGAGCCGGGCAGGGGGCGCCCGCCAUGGCACUCGCGCGCGCCUAGCGCCCCAGACCCGCCUGCAGACCCGGAUCCUCCCUGCCGCCGUCCCACCCGCCGUCCCCGCCCCUCCACCCUUUGUGUAGCAGCCACCCGGCGCCCCCGGCUUGCGCGACCCCGGCCGGGCCGGACCGCGGCAAAGCGCCAGGCCCCGCGUGGGCUCCCGGCGAGAGGCUGAUGGCGAGGGGGCGCGGCGCGGGCGCUGUAGCCCGAGUUCCCGACGCUGGAGGCCCGGCCCGCCUCCGCCGCAUUGUCCCGGGCCGCGCGUCCCGGCCCUGAGCCGCGCCGCCGCAGCACCCGCCAGCCGCCCGCGGGGCCAUGCGGAGAGCCGCCGGGAUGGAGGACUUCUCCGCGGAGGAAGAGGAGCCCUGGUACGACCAGCAGGACCUGGAGCAGGACUUGCACCUAGCUGCAGAGCUGGGGAAGACUCUGCUGGAGAGGAACAAGGAGCUGGAGGGGUCCCUGCAGCAGAUGUACUCCACCAAUGAGGAACAGGUGCAGGAGAUCGAGUACCUAACCAAGCAGCUGGACACGCUGCGGCACGUGAACGAGCAGCACGCCAAAGUCUAUGAGCAGCUGGACCUGACAGCCCGGGACCUGGAGCUAACCAACCACAGGCUGGUGCUGGAGAGCAAGGCCGCCCAGCAGAAGAUCCAUGGGCUGACGGAGACCAUUGAGCGCCUCCAGGCCCAGGUGGAGGAGCUGCAGGCCCAGGUGGAGCAACUAAGAGGCCUGGAGCAGCUGCAAGUGCUCCGGGAGAAGCGGGAACGCAGGCGUACCAUCCACACCUUCCCCUGCCUCAAGGAGCUAUGCACCAGCCCCCGGUGCAAGGAUGCUUUCCGCCUACACAGUUCCUCCCUGGAGCUCGGCCCGCGGCCCCUGGAGCAGGAGAACGAGCGGCUGCAGUCCCUGGUGGGGGCGCUGCGCUCCCAGGUGAGCCAGGAGCGGCAGCGCAAGGAGCGGGCGGAGCGCGAGUACACCGCGGUGCUGCAGGAGUACUCCGAGCUGGAGCGCCAGCUGUGCGAGAUGGAGGCCUGUCGCCUGCGCGUGCAAGAGCUGGAGGCAGAGCUGCUGGAGCUGCAGCAGAUGAAGCAGGCCAAGACCUAUCUACUGGGCCCGGACGACCACCUGGCCGAGGCCCUGCUCGCACCCCUCACGCAGGCCCCUGAGGCCGACGAUCCCCAGCCCGGCCGCGGGGACGACUCAGGCGCCCAGGACGGUGUCUCCUCACCUGCCGCCUCCCCAGGCCACGUGGUGCGCAAGAGCUGCAGCGACACUGCGCUCAACGCCAUCGUGGCCAAAGACCCAGCCAGCCGGCACGCGGGCAACCUCACACUGCAUGCCAACAGUGUGCGCAAGCGGGGCAUGUCCAUUCUGCGGGAGGUGGACGAGCAGUACCACGCGCUGCUCGAGAAGUACGAGGAGCUGCUUAGCAAGUGCCGGCAGCACGGGGCCGGGGUGCGGCACACCGGUGUGCAGACCUCGCGCCCCAUCUCCCGGGACAGCUCGUGGAGGGACUUGCGCGGGGGUGAGGAGGGCCAGGGGGAGGCCAAGGCAGGUGAGAAGAGCCUAAGCCAGCACGUGGAGGCUGUCGACAAGCGGCUGGAGCAGAGCCAGCCCGAGUACAAGGCGCUCUUUAAGGAGAUCUUCUCCAGGAUCCAGAAGACCAAGGCUGACAUCAACGCCACCAAAGUCAAGACGCACAGCAGCAAGUGACCCUUGCCCGGCCUGCAGCCUCCCCCAAGGUGGAGGCCGUGGGGUCCCUCAGGCCUGGGCGGCACAGCUUCCAGAGAGCGAGCGCCCUUUAGCGGCCUGCCACCUGAUCCGGAAGCACGCGACCUCCUGAUCCGGAAGCACGCAGCAUGUUCCCUGCUGAGCAGAGGCAGCCCACCUGUUCUGCCUCCCAGGAGCCCUUGGCCACCUCGCGCCAGCCCAAAGGCACAGCUCAGAGUUCAAAGCCAAAUGUCCCCACUACCCCAGGGAUCCCCCAGCUCCUCCAGCCCCAGGCUUCCUGACCCUGCGCCUCACCCUCAGACUGGUGACCAGGCUUCUGAAAAAGCCAUUCUGGAUCAGUUGGCUGUUUUUUGGUUAAGUUUGUUUUUUCUAAGAGAUUUGCAAUGCAAGGUCUCCUUGACCCCUUGCCACAACUGGAAACACUUGAAAGGGGACCCCAGGGCCAGCUGUUUCAGGGGUUUCCUGGACCACCCACUGCUUCUCCCCAGCCCUAAUGUGCUGACAUUCCCUUAGUACCAGCUGUCCCACCCCCAAGGUCCUGACCAGGUCAGAGAUGUCCCCUGCCAUGCAGAGCAGGAAGCCUCAGCUGGGCCUGGAGUGUCCCUGCUCCAGCCCUGCCAAGGACAGGUUUCUCCCUGGAUACUCUUGGCCCACUGCAGAUCUGUAGCCAGUCAGAGGAGGAGGAGAAGGAGCCCCUCAGCAGACUGAUGCAUUUUCGCUCAUAGCCAGCCUCCUCGGCUUCCAACCUGGGAAAUGCCUGCUGGGCCUUAAGCUUUCCAGGGGCCGGGGCAGUGGGGAGCCCUCAUCCCUUCACACCGCCUCCAACUAAUCAAGCUUGGCCUCUGACUCCCCUCUCUGUGCUUGCCCCCAUCUCAGGGACCAUGAUGUCUCAGUCACUCCAUGCUCCCCACAGGCCAACCCUGGCACAGGUCAUGUCUGCAGUCCCCAGAAUGUUCUGGACAUGCACCACCAGCCAGUGGUCCCAGUGUCCACCCCUGCCUGCCCUUCACUGGGGACUGGGGUUUUCAUCCCAUGCUGCAUCCUGUUGAAUUGGGAUGGGGCUGAGGAACAUGCUCCCUCCCUCCCUCCCUCCCAUAAAAUGCCUGCUCUUAACGUCCCACCUUUGUGGGGGGCUUUUGAGGACCCAGCUGGGUCAGGGGUUUUGCUUCAAGAUGUCAGAAAGUCAAGGUUCAGCUAAGAGACACCCAGGUCCCCAGCUUGCCCUGAGCAGCUUCUGGUUCCUUCUGCCACCCUUUCUGAGACCCUAGAAACCAGAGGAACCAUACAGUCAGUGGAAGGCGGGGACCCUGGCCUCUGUACCGGGAGCCCAGUGGGAACCUUCAUGCCUUAUUUAUUUCUAAUGGGUAAAGGGGUUUUCUUACCAAGCAUCCCUGACCUCCUGGAGACACCACCUGCUUUCCGGGCGGCACUGUGAGAGGGAGCUGGUGGCGACUGUGUCCUUCUGUACAUGCAACUGGGAAACUUUUGUCCUUUGAGGCUAGGCAGCUCCCUGCCCUCCGUGUGUCUCUGUUAUCUGGGCAAAAGGACUGUGGAAGGGUGGGGGGAAGAGCUCCAGCCUGUUUGCUCCCCAGCUCUGUAGUGGCAGACCAGCAUCACCUUUGAAGUAUACGUGAGAGAAAUAUAUUUACAAAUGCUUUAUUCUCUUCUUUAAUAAAAAAUGCACCAGUAUUCUAAAAGCA